CGCCCAACUUGCUUGAAAAUUUGGAUUCCCGGGAAAUUUUCCCGUUUUCUUUAAAAAGAUUUCAUAAUUUCAUCUCUCAAAUUUGUUUCCCUCUACUACAAGGGAAGCGGGAACUGAAAACCAAAUCUAAAAUUGAAAAUUUCAAUAAAACAAACCCAGAGAAAAUUCAUCUGGUUGAGACUUGAGAAUUUGAGGGGAAAAAAGAAAAAAUGGCCGUUGUUUCAACUCCAGCUUCCAAAAUCAAAGAGGUGGAUCAAACAAAGGGAAAUGGAAUUCGAACUUGUGAUUCCGAAAAUGGAAAAUCUUGUCACCAGUGCCGACAAAAAAGAAUGAAUUUCUUGGCUCCAUGCAAGAACUUGAAAAAGGACAAGCAAUGCACCAUAAAGUAUUGUCAUAAAUGUCUAUUGAACAGAUAUGGAGAGAAGGCUGAAGAAGUUGCAUUGUUGGCUGAUUGGAAAUGUCCCAAGUGCAGAGACAUUUGCAAUUGUAGUCUUUGCAUGAAGAAAAAGGGUCACAAUCCUACUGGUAUACUAGUGUACACUGCAAAGAAAACUGGGUUUUCUUCUGCUUCGGAAUUGCUUCAAGCUAAAGGACCUGAAAAUUUUAAAUAUGAAAGGAUUGUAAAAGAUAUGUGUGCUUUGCCAAAGAACCAAACAAAGGAGUCUAUGGCCACUUCACCGAGGAUGCAUGGGAAGGAAAAUUCUUUUGAUGGAGACUGUGAUUCCAAGGUUAGUUCUCAGAAUUUGGUAUUGUCAUUGCCUGAUGAAAAGAAGUCUAAGAAAAUGAAACGUGAGGGAUUGAAGGAAUUGUACAAUGGCAAUGGAGAUUGUGAAGCUUCUUUGAACAAAACUUGUCUAAAAAAGCCUAAAACCUCAAAGGAAGCUUCAAAUAAAACAAUGAAAGGUAAUGGUUGCCUUUCAAAUGAAACGAUGUUGAAGACAGAAGUGCAAAUUGAUGGUGCAUCCGGUCCCAGCAAAGAGCAAGAAACUAAAUGUGCCAAAACCAAGAAAGCAGGAGUUUUAAAUGGAAUUAAAGUUUUGGAGAUCACUAAGAGAAGAGACUCCACAACUUCUGAUGAGGAUUCUGGAGGUUCAGAUGGUUUAAAAAAUGAUAACGCAUGUGGCAAGCUCCAGUCAGUUAAAAAGCUUUGCAAAGAUAGAAAGCUUGACGUAGACAUUCAUUUGCCUCAGGGUGCCAGCUUAAUAACUGUUGCUGGUGUUGAUUUACCUCCCAACGAUGUUGGUCAUGCAUUACAGUUCUUAGAGUUUUGUGCAGCUUUUGGAGAGGUUCUUGAUAUGAAGAAAGGUCAAGCAGAAUCUGUAAUAAGAGAAAUAAUACGUGGACGUGGCAGAUGCCGAUUGCAAUACUCUCCAGUAGUCCAAAUUCAUAUGCAAUUGUUGUCUCUAAUACAAAAAGAUAUGUGCAAGAAAUUUCCAGCCUUCAGUAGAAGUGACAAUGCUUCAUGGUUCCAAGCCCUUGGUCAAUGUGUGUCUGAAUCUCAACGUGCACUUAAAGAAGUUUCUACUGAUAUUUAUGAGCGUGGUGUGGAUGCAUAUAAUAUGUUAGACAGUUCUGUUAAGCUUAAACUCUUAAACAUUUUGUGCGAUGAAGCCCUUUGCACUAUAACAUUGCGGAACUGGAUUGACAAGCAAAAUUCUAAGUUUAUUGAUAGUGAGAAGGAAGUAAAAGAAAAGAUUAUUGCUUCAAGGGAUAAGGAAAAGCAACUAAGGCAGAAAAUGCAUGAUGAGGUUGCCAAAGUUAUUACUGAAAAAGGUGGUACUCUGUCAAUUUCUGAGCAUGGGACACUUAUUGCACAAAUAAAAAAAGAAACAGCUCAAGUUCAUGAAGAUUUGCUCCAGGCAAUGGCAAUGUUACCAAGGAAGAGAGAAAGGUCUGAUGCUGUUAGAACAUCACCUAUUGUAUUGGCUGUAAGGGGUCAUGUUUUCUGGAAACUGAGUGGGUAUACCAGUGGAAACCAUAUAUUGCUUCAAGAUUUUGGGACCUCAGAUCCAGUUGCACCUGAUGAAAAAUGGUUUAUCUAUGAUGUUGAACAGAAGCGAGACGUAGAGAAAUACAUCUCUUUGAUAAGGACAAAAAAGCUUAGGAUACAGAAAGUUUCAGGCAGCCUUCCAAUUGCUGGUGUUGGAGAAGACUUGGAGCAUUCAUAGUCCUCGUUAGUGACCUGCAUGAUAAUGUCAGUAGGGUCUAUGUAUUGGCAGGAGUUUCAUUCAAACA